AUGUCAUCGCCUGUAGCCACGGUAGGCAUCCUAUCCAUUGGAGAAAUGGGGAUGGGUAUUGCGAAGCUGCUUAUCGCUCAUAACUUCAGAGUUGUCACCAAUGUAGAGGGACGGAGCGAAGAUACCCGGAUUCGGGCUCAGAACGCAGGAGUCGAGAUUGUCCCAGAUGACACCUCCCUCGUUGCAGAAUCCGAUUAUAUCCUCUCCAUCGUCCCUCCCAGGGACGCCUUCUACAUAGCAACCAGAAUCAGUGCAGCAUUCAACGCCCGCUCACCACCAAAAGCCACGCCCCUGUAUUACCUCGACCUGAAUGCCAUAUCUCCCAGCAGCGCCCGUUCCAUCGCCGAACUCUUUACCACCAAAUCUCCUUCUAUCAAAUUCCUCGACGGCGGCAUUAUUGGCGGCGCACCACAUCCCAAACCGGAGGCUUCAUCUGCCCCUCCAAAUACCACAACAGUCUCCUCCCACCCACCUACAACAUCCACCUGGCAAAAGCCCAGUAUCCCCAUUUGCGGGGAUAUAUCCUCAGUUCCCGCCUCCUUUAGCAACUUAUCGGAAACUCUCGGACUCAACCACAUUUCCGACGAAAUUGGCAUCGCUUCUGGCCUGAAAUGUUGCUUUGCAAGCCUGGCGAAGGGCUUCACGGCGCUGUGUAUCCAGUCUUUUACUACAGCGUCGAAUUUAGGUGUUUUGCCUUUAUUGCUGGGGGAGUUGGAGCAGAGGAUGCCUGGGAUGAUGAAAUCUGCGGGAGGAGUGACGGGAAUGCCGCCGAAGGCAUAUCGGUGGGUUAGGGAGAUGGAAGAAAUAUCCCAAACCCACGCCGAAGAGGGCGGUUUCCCAUCGUCGUCCUCCAAAACUCCAAGCACCGGAGGCAUUUUCACAGAAAUCGCAUCGCUUUACAAGGUCGUUGCCGAAGACACCAUUCUCGGAGAAGAGAAAACUGAACGCAGGAAAAGAGGUCGUACUAUUGAGGAUGUGGCAGCUGCCAUGGGGGAAGGGUUGGCUGCUAAGAGGAAGAAGAAGGAAUGA